GCCAAUUUUUCGGAGGAAAAUCGAGACCGAAAUGGUCUUCUUCCCUGAAGAAAAGAGCUCGAGCUUUGGGACAUUUCCACAGAACCGGCGAAGAAGCGAAUCCGACGCCAUGUCGAAGAAGAGCAGCAACCAGGAUGAUCUCGACCUUCUCCUCUCUCUCCAAGAUAGGGUCUUGGAGACCCCUCCCACUUCCCCUUCUCGCUGUCGCUCCCCUUCUUCCCCAGGAUAUCUUUCGGAUGAUGGAAUGCCGAAGAGACGGGAGCAGGUGGAUAUGUCUGUUUUCCGAAAUGCAGUUGAAGAUUGCUUGGAUUACGAGCCUGAACCCACUAAAGGAUCUGGUAACGUAAGCCGGUCAGGGGCGGCUGCAGAGCCUGAUGUCGAGAAGUUCUCGGGUCUGCGCAUAAGGAAUCAGUUGGUCACCCCAAAAGAGCUUCAUGAUCGUUUUUCAGACAUCAGAUUUGUUCGCUUACCAGUGAUAAAGAAUUUGUUGGCAGGGGAUACUCUUUCUGGUUGUUGGGCAACUGUUGCUGUGCUGACUGAGAAGGGGAGUCCAAAGACUAGUUCUGCAGGGAAGAAAUAUUGUAUAUGGAAAAUUGGAAGCCUAAAUGAAGAUGCUAUUUCCCUUUUUUUGUUUGGUGAUGCUUAUCAAAGAAAUUCAGAUGAGAAGGUCGGUACCACCUUUGCCCUGUUCAACUGCAAUGUUCGAAAGGACUCCACGGCCGGGUUUUCUCUAAGUGUAUUUUCUCCUAGCCAAAUAUUGAAAAUCGGUACAUCGGCUGAUCAUGGAGUUUGCAAGGGGAAAAGGAAGGAUGGAAUGGCCUGUACUUUGGUCAUAAACAAGCGCUACGGGGUAUAUUGCAAGUACCAUAAGUCAAAGGCUUCAGAGAAAUAUUCCACCACACGAACUCAGCUCAUUGGAGGGAAUAUCAGAACAGCCUUUAGGAAUCACCUUCAAGCUGAGGGAAUCUAUGGGGUUGAUCGUCUUUCUGGCAGAACAAACGUUAAAAAGGCAAUACAACCAGCGAAAUUAUUAUCGGUGGAAGGGCUGAAAAGGGCUUUAAGUGGUGCAGGGAAGGUGACGACAAACACACAUUCACAGGGAAUAAGAUUUCUGUCUGAAGUAACAGCGAAAAUGGAGCCAAGAAGUUCGAACAAGGAAGCUUCUCUGAAAUCUAAACCCUUGGCCAGCAAGGACAAAAGGAGACCAUCUGCUGUCAAAGCGGAUCCAUUCUUAGUCCAAGGAAACGAACGAACGGGCGUGAAGAGGAGCAAAACGGGGGAAGAUUCCGCUAACGCAACCAAGCCGGGGACUGGGAAGCUGAUUGAACUCGAAAUCUUCAGCUCAGAUGAUGAAAUAUGAACAUUGUCAUAUGAACAUGGUUGGGAACUGCCACUCCGAAACUCGCAGAAAACAACCAUCGGUCAGCCUGCCUCCGUGGAAUACUUUUGGGACUUGAAGAUGGUGAGAUUGAACUCCUAGUCCUGGCGUCGAGGCCACUGUCAGGAGGAAAUCAUUUGCCCAGGAAAUGACCCAGAUGGCAAUGAUGUACCGCAAUACAUUGUUCAAAUACUUGUGAUAUCUUCGCAAUUUACCACCCAAAAAAAAAAAAAAAAAAAGCCAAGAAAUGGAAGA